CAUCCCCUCAAGUUCCAUUCUCCGUUUCUCCGUCUUCCUUUCCCCGUUUUUCUUCUCUCUCUCAAUCUCUUUCAUGUGAGGGUAGAACCACAACAAAACACAAACCACACACUCUCCUAACUCGAGGUUAUUUUUUUCUUUCCCCAAAGAGGCAUGAGUUGCAACGGGUGCCGCGUCCUUCGAAAGGGUUGCAGCGAGUCUUGUAUUCUGCGGCCGUGUCUACAGUGGAUCGAUACGCCCGAAGCACAAGGCCAUGCCACUGUCUUCGUUGCCAAAUUCUUCGGUCGUGCCGACCUCAUGUCCUUCAUUUCUAACGUCCCCGAACCCCAAAGGCCCGCUCUGUUUCAAUCUCUGUUGUUCGAAGCGUGUGGAAGAACAGUGAACCCUGUCAACGGUGCUGUGGGACUUUUGUGGACCGGAAACUGGCACGUGUGCCAGGCGGCGGUUGAGACGGUGCUCCGUGGCGGCACCGUCAGGCCCAUGCCGGAGCUUCUCGGCCUAGACGCUCCCACUCCCACCACCGAUGACGCCUCCGAAGGAGAAGUUACCUGUACCGACAAGUGGAGAGUCCGAGAUCCGAACCCGAAUUUCCGGUUCCCGGGUUCGAGGUCCGAUAAGGGUAGUUCCGGCGGUAAACGCAAGCGAUUUGAAGAGCUCGCCAAGCUUCAGACGGCGACGACGGAUCUCAAUCUCCGGCUGACGCCGAGUUUUCUGCAGAACGCGGCGAACUUCGGCUGCCGGCAGGAAAUUCGCUGGCCGGGAUCUCCGUCGAUGAACUCCGAGGAGUCCGGGACGACGACAGCGUGUUUGGAGAGCGGGAUCGGAGAUCACUACGCUCCCGACGGAGACCGGAAAGUGCUGAACCUUUUCAUUUGAGAGUUCUCUUUCUCUAAGUUUCGUGUUUGAGGGUUCUCGCUGACGCGUCUUUUUGCCUUUUUUUUUAAAAAAACGCUUUAUUUUGAGAAAGAGGUUUUCCCGGAAUUGAAUCCGGUGAGAUUUUGUAAGAAUAGCGGCACAGGAUUUUUCUCUCUGUUGUUCUUUCUAGACAGGGAGAGAAAGAUGAGGGUUAGUCGGUGAUAAAUUUUUUUUUCCUUUUGAUCUAUCAAACAUGUUAUGAUGGUGGGACUGGACAUGAAUGAUGAAUAUUAAAUAACUAAAUACAUAGUUCUUCUAUUUUCAUCGAUA